CAUCAGUCCUCAUUAAUCGUGACGCCGUUGAAUCAGACUGUGGAAGAAAUACAAAUAGUACAAUAGUUAGAAGUGCGUAUAUACGUACAUGAAAGCAUUGUGUUCAUUUCUUCAUUUGUCAGAUACGUAUCUUUCUGGCGUGUGAUAUCUUGUUAAAUGGCCUUAUCAAAACUGAAACUGUAGAAUCAAACAGUGAAUUUUAGUGUUUGGUUGAAAGGACCUUGGAUUAGCCAUCUGUACAAUAACGUUACAGCCUUAGUUUUUUGAUAUAUUAGUAAGUUGAAGAGAUGGAAGAGACAGACACAAAGACUAGAACAGAUGUUGGUCAUAAUAUUAACAGACUUGAAAAUAACUCCUGGAGUCAGGCUCCAGAGAGUGCUGAUGAAGAUGAAAAUGAACUUUUGGAUUCCAGUGUAUUGGAAUCAAGACAGCAGAUAUUAAGCCCGACCUCUCAUAAUCAACAUCAAUAUGAAGCUACCAGCUAUGCUGAAGACAAGAUGAGACGGAGACUUAGGUUCUUCUUUAUGAAUCCCAUAGAGAAGUGGCAAGCCAAGAGAAGAUUUCCAUAUAAAUUUAUUGUCCAAGUGAUCAAGAUAGUGCUUGUUACGGUCCAGCUUUGUUUGUUUGCGCAUAAUAAUUAUACGCACGUAAAUUACGCUUGGGAUAAUCGGAUUGCGUUUUCUCAUCUGUUUCUAAGAGGAUGGGAUGCCACGCAGGAGGUACCGGCAUACCCUCCAGCAACUGGUCCACUUGCACUUUACAAGAAGGAUGAGUUUUACGAUACUAUUGAUCAUGCUUUGGAUGGUUACUACGAUCUUGAUAACGCUAUCGGGCCUUAUUCAUACGUCGCUGAAGAUAAUUCGGUAGUUCCUAUAGAACUAUGCUUAUAUCAUUACAAGGAAGGUAUUAUAUUUGGCUUUAACGAAAGUUACGUUUUCAAUAAUGAAAUCAAUGAAACCUGCAUAGAAAUACCUCAUAAAUUCAAUAAUGGAUUUACGUCGGAAGUGUUCUUAAAGGAGAAAAAUAUUGAAAUAAACUUUACUGCACUUGUUCGGGCAAAUUUGAACUUUGCAGUGAAAACUGUGAAUUUAAAGGCCGCUGGCCCAAUAACUCCGCCAGACUGUUAUCAGUUCAAUAUUACGAUUGAUUUUGAUAACCGAGAUCAUGACGGGCAGAUGCUUCUUUCUUUGGAUGCCGAGCCUCAUAGACUCCAGUGUAAAGGAGACACCCAAUAUAUUACUGACAAUCAAAUUGAAUCAGCCCUGCGUACAAUCUUAAAUGUAUUCGUCAUACUAAUCUGUUCGAUUUCUCUUAUCUUGUGCUCGAGAGCAAUUUAUAGAGCACAAUUACUCAAGUUCGAGACAAUGGAGUUCUUUAAAAAAACUUACGGCAAGAUUCUCAGUUUCGAAGGAAAAUUAGAAUUUUUAAAUUUCUGGUAUAUUAUGAUAAUAAUUAAUGAUAUUCUAAUUAUCUUCGGUUCGGCUAUUAAGGAACAGAUUGAAAGAAAGCAAUUCAGUAGCGACCAAUGGAAUAUUUGCAGUAUGUUCCUUGGCACGGGAAAUCUUUUAGUGUGGUUCGGCGUUUUACGAUACCUUGGAUUUUUCAAAACCUACAACGUCGUUAUUUUAACUUUGAAAAAAGCAGCACCAAAAGUCGCGAGAUUUUUAAUAUGUGCUAUUCUCAUUUAUGCGGGUUUCACAUUCUGCGGUUGGUUAAUUCUUGGACCAUAUCACAUGAAAUUUAGAUCUCUUGCUACGACUUCUGAAUGUCUGUUUGCUCUUAUCAAUGGUGACGACAUGUUCGCCACCUUUUCUAUCACGUCCUUUAAGUCUCCCAUGCUGUGGUGGUAUUCAAGAUUAUAUUUGUAUUCCUUCAUUUCACUUUACAUUUACGUUGUCCUUAGUUUAUUCAUAUCUGUAAUAAUGGACGCUUACGAUACGAUAAAAUUGUAUUAUCGCGAUGGCUUUCCAAAGAAUGAUUUGCAAGCAUUUGUUGCUGUCUGUACCGAUGAAGCUUCUAGUGGGAUUUACAUGGAGGAAUCUGGAUCCAGUGACUUUUCUGAGCUCUUUGAUAAGUUUUUUUGUUGUCGAAAAAGGCCCUACAGUUCAUUCGAUACCUCAAACAGCGCAUGCAGCACCAAAUCUGAACAGGUCUGUGGCGGGGCCAUCUGUGUAUAGACCAUUAAAGAAGCACGGAUCAGUUGUUAGAAAUUAUGGGGCAAUAUUAGAAACUACCCUUUGAAUAUGACGUAACGUUGUAUCCUUAUUUUGUGUUCGUGAUAUUAUGUUAUACCGUUAUUGGUAUCUUUAUAGAUUAUUCGUCCUCAUAAUAUCAUGUUGAUCCUUAAGAUUCUAUGAAGGAUGUGAGUUUUAAAGUUCAUAAUGGAUUCAAUACAGUGUGAUAAAACUGAUAGUGCUACUUUCAUUUGUGGAAGUCUAUGUGCGAGCGGCUGGGUCAACUUUAUUCAUUAUUAUUUGUUCUAUAUAUAAUAUUGAUAAAUUCAUAUAAUAUUAGGAAUACUGGAAAUACUCUUACUGAAGUUUGUCGCUAGCACAAAAUGUUCUAGAAUUUGUACUUAUCUACCAUUCACUAAACAUGCAUGAUUUCAUUCAUUGUCAUUGAAAAACGAACUGUUUUGCUUGUGUCUUGAAUUUUUAUGCAAGGUAAUAAUUAUAAAUUUUUAAUAUUAGCAGUCUUCGCUACAUGUGUUCAAUGUUUUCACAACAAUUAUUGUAUGAUCUAUAUGAUUAGCUAAAUUCUUGCUCAUUGCAACAAACGGAAAACGAUAAAGAUAAUUUGUAUUAUAGAGAAUAAAUGAGCCACUAAAAAUUUAUAAAAAUUCCAAUAUAAAUCUGUGCACCCUCCGAAUCAUGUUAUUUGCAUAAUGCAUGGAUGUAUUCAUAGUAUUCCUCAUUGGUAACGUUCAUAGUAUAGAUUUUUUUUAUUUAUUAUAAAUAGUCUUAUAAUGCUUUAAGAUAAAAUAUUAAUGAAAAAUAUUAUCCCAUGUAUAAUCAAUUAUUAAGUCUAUGCGAAUAAGCAAAAGUAUUGCAUUGCAUAUGUGAAAUAGGGCUAUAUAUCGAUGAAAAAAUAUUUUCAAAUAAGACAGAAUACUAUUCUGUCGAUACAUGUUUGUAGUAUACUAGAAGUCCCCAAGAAAACUGUACUGUGUAUGAUAAAUCGUGACAAAGUAUAAACAUGUAAAAUAAGUGAAGUUGAUAAUAAGUGUGCCAAAGGAAUAGACAGCUGUAAAAAUCCAUGUAUUUAUAUUGUAUAUAUAUAAAAUACAACAAAUA